UUGACCUCCGGCUGUGCACGCUGGAAGAUGGAAACCCAGUGAAACAACGUGGAUAGUGAAAUAUUAAGCUAAUAUUUAAUAAACUGAGGUUUGGCAGAGCGGUACAAGCCCAUGUUUUGUUCCGACUGGAUUCAGUGACUUGAUUCCUGAACGCGGCUAAACGAUGGGGAAGCCACAGAAGAAGAGGAGCCUUGCUGACAAGGUUCGCAAAACCAAGACUUCCACCGAGAUCAAAAACAACCCAUUUGAAGUGAAGAUCAACAGAAAGAAAUUUGAUAUUCUCGGCAGAAAAACUAAACAUGAUGUGGGUCUGCCGGGUGUAUCUCGAUCCAAAGCCAUCACUAAGAGAAAAGAGACCCUCCUGAAGGAAUACAAACAGAAGAACAAGUCCAACAAAUUGAUUGACAGACGUUUCGGAGAGUACGACACCAAGAUGGCACCAGAAGACAAAAUCCUACAGAGGUUCGCUAUGGAGAGACAGCGUACCCAUGAAAAGAAGGAUAUGUACAACCUGAACGAGGAAGAAGAGCUGACUCAUUACGGCCAGUCGUUGGCAGAAAUCGAGAAAUUCAACGACGCUGUGAAUAGUGACGAUGAAUCAGAAGAGAAAGGCCUUUUAUCAGCUGAGCUGACUGCCUCCCACUUUGGAGGAGGAGGAGGCUUGCUCAGGAAGAAAACAUCAGGAGACCAGCAGGAGGAGGAAGGAAGCCAGAGGGCCAAGUCCAGGCAGGAGCUCAUUGAAGAGCUCAUCCAGAAGUCCAAGCAGGAGAAGAGGGAACGACAGGUGCAGAAAGAGGAGGCACAGGAGCUGACGGAGAAGCUGGAUCAGGAGUGGAAAAGCAUCCAGGCCCUGAUGGUGAAAAAGACGCCCAAAGCCGAACGUGUCGACACGCCAGAAGAGAAACCCAAACUGGAAGAAUAUGACAUGAUGGUCAGAGAGCUCGGCUUUGAGAUGAAGGCUCAGCCCUCAGAGAAAAUGAAAACCCCAGAGGAGCUCGCCAGGGAGGAGAGGGAGAAGCUGCAGAAACUAGAGGCUGACCGUCUGAGGAGGAUGAUGGGAGAUGAAGUCGGGGACAGUACACAGAGUCAGAUCCACAUUUCUGCAGAUGACCUCAAUGACGGCUUCAUCCUGGACAAGGACGACAAGAAGACGUUGUCUUAUCAGGAUGGAAAAUGGAACAUUGGGGAGGAGCUGGAGGAAGAUAAGGAUGAAGAAGAAGGAGAGAGUGGCGAGGAAGAGGAAUCGGAUGCAGAGGAGGACGGUGAAGAUGGAGAGGAAGAUGAUCAAGAAGAGGAAGAAGAGGAGGAAGAAGGGGGCAACAGUGAAGAAGAAGAAGAAGAUGGCCACUCAGACCUGGACUCUGAGCAGGAAAGCGAGAAUGAAGAGGGAGAACAGGAGGAUGAAGAGAUCAGUGCCCAACCGAAGAAGAGUCUCACCAAAGAGGAGAUGAAGGCCCAGCAGGAGGCAGCCAAAGCAGAGCUCCCAUACACAUUUGCUGCCCCAGAGAGCUUCAGCGACCUGAAAGAUUUGCUCCACGGUCACACCCCUGACAACCAGCGCCUCAUUGUGGCCAGGACUCAGAAGUGCAACCACCCCAGUCUGGCUGUAGGCAAUAAGCUCAAACUGCAGAAACUGUUUGGUUUUCUGUUGGAGUACGUUGGAGAACUGGCCACCAGGAGUCCACCUGAGCUCACCACCGUAGAUAAGCUCAUACCUGAGUUGUACGGUCUGUGCCAGAUGUUUCCACAAGCAGCCUGUCAGGCCAUGCAGAGCGUCCUCGCAGAUGCUGGUCACAGCAUGGAGGAAGUGGUCGAGGUCAAAGGUCAUGCCGGUUUCCCCACGCUAGACAUGCUUGUCUACUUGAAGGUGACGGCCCUGCUGUUUCCUACCUCAGACUUCAGACACCCAGUUACAACUCCAGCGCUGCUUUACAUCAGCCAGAUUCUCACCAAGUGUCCAGUGAAAUCAUUACAGGACCUAACAUCAGGUUUGGUUCUGUGCUGUCUGGCGGUGGAGUACGUCUCUUUUUCGAAGCGCUUCCUGCCUGAGCUCAUCAACUUCCUGUCUGGGACGCUUCACCUGGCAGUGCAGGACAAAAGUUCUCUAGGUUACACGGUGGUGCCACCUUUCAGGUCAUCGGGGAAAUACAGUGAUCUGCUCGUGUUGUCGACCUCAGAGUCCUGCAAGAGCUGGAGCAAGAAAAGCCUGCCGCUGUCCGCUACACAACACCUGGAGCUCAACAGUGAUCUCGACAGAGACAACCACAGGUUGAUGUGUUUGUCUACCUGCCUGGACCUGGUGAAGAGAUGCUGCCUGCUCUACAAAGACCUCACAUCCUUUAAGCACAUCUUCCAGCCAAUUAAGACGCUUCUUUCCAAACAUCUUUCCGCCCAAACGUUACCAGAGCCUUUGCAGGAGCUUCACAGCCAGAUCCUGGAGAGCAUCAGCGGCGCUCCUCUGACUUGCAUUCCGCUAGUUUUUGAAAAGAAGAAGCCUAUUCCUCUGAAGCUGUUCACACCAAAGAUUGUUGAAGUGUUGGACUACGGAAAGAAGCGCGGCAGCUCCAGAGAGGAGAAAGAAAGGGAGCGACUGAAGCACAAGUACAAGAAGGAGUUCAAGGGCGCUCUGAGGGAGAUCAGGAAGGACUCGCGCUUCUUGGCCAGCGAGAAGCUCAACGAGGUCAUGAACAGGGAUGCGGAGAGAAAGAGAAAAGUGAAAGAGCUCUUUGGCAGCUUGGCCACUCAGGAGGGAGAGUGGAAAGCCCUGAAGAGAAAGAAGAGGAAGUGAAAUAUCGAUUGAUCGCCACCAGUUCUCUCCAUCGCCUCUGCUUUUACAUACGGACUUCUCCAUUUGAGCUGUUGGUGUACACGGAUCAAAUUAACUCUUUGUACUAGUUUUUUUUUUAUUAUCAUUAUCCUUCAGCGUCCUCGUUAAACACACAUUUUAUACUGUUUGAGAAUUCGCUGUCGUGAUUCACCGUCAAAUGUGGCCGACGUAGGCGUCUGACGUGACAAUUGGAUCCUGUUGUUGGAGGUGUCAGUCAGCGGAGCGGUGACUAUUUUGAUGACAUUCUCCUUUCAUGAUAAUGUGUGAAAAUACAAGAAAGAAUAAAUACCAUUAUCUUUGCUGUGUCACAUGUCCUGUCACCGAUGCAUCCAUUCCCCACUAAACCAACCAGGAUUUAAUGUUUAACAAAGUCACAGUUCAAUGCUUUUGAUAGAACUACAAA